AUGGCAAAACGUAACGCAAGGAUCGAUGAUGGGUUCACGGAGAUGUUCAGUAAGGAGAUUGGUUUCUCUCAUCCUAGGUCCGUCUCUCGUCGAAUCUCCGCUUCUGAGGGGAUAGUGAAGAAACUGGACCUUUACGGCAAGUUAGAUGGGCAUGAGGGAUGUGUGAAUGCCGUGGAGUUCAAUUCCACCGGCGAUAUUCUUGUUUCCGGUUCCGAUGACCGACAAAUCAAGCUCUGGAACUGGUUGCAUGGAAGCAUGACAUUGUCGUAUCCCUCUGGCCACUGUGAAAAUGUGUUCCAGACUAAGUUCAUACCUUUCACUGAUGACAUGACAAUCAUAACAUCUGGCGCUGAUGGACAAGUAAGACUUGGUCAGAUCCUAGAAAAUGGUAAAGUGGAGACAAAACGGUUAGGGAGGCACCACGGUCGCGUGUACAAGCUCGCUGUUUUGCCUGGAGAUCCAAACGUAUUCUACAGCUGCGGUGAAGAUGGUUUUGUUCAACAUUUUGAUAUACGAAGCAACAGCGCCGCUAUGGUUUUGUAUGCCUCGCCGUUCGCACAAGGCUGCAGGAGACAUCACUCCAGCAGUAGAAUAAGACUCAACUCCAUUGCAAUAGAUCCGAGGAACACACAUUAUCUUGCCGUAGGUGGUUCUGAUGAGUACGCAAGAGUCUUCGACACUAGAAGAGGACAACUAGCUCCAGUGUGUCGUCACGUCUUACCAGACGCGCCUGUCAACACUUUCUGCCCUCGUCAUCUCCGGGAAACCUGCAGCGUCCACAUCACAGGAUUGGCGUAUUCCAAAGCCGGAGAGCUACUUGUCUCUUACAACGACGAACACGUGUAUCUGUUUGAGAAGAACAUGGGUUACGGUUCGACGCCUGUUGGUGUCUCUGCUGAGAAACUGCAAGAGAUUGGAGACCCACAGGUGUACACAGGGCACAGGAACGCACAGACGGUUAAAGGAGUGAGCUUUUUCGGUCCAAAUGAUGAAUACGUGAUGAGUGGUUCGGACUGCGGUCACAUCUUUAUGUGGAAGAAGAAAGGAGGUAAGCUUGUGCGAGCAAUGGUUGGUGAUAGGCGAGUGGUGAAUCAGCUCGAGUCUCACCCACACAUACCGGUUCUUGCGUCUUGUGGGAUUGAGAAGAGCGUUAAGCUCUGGACGCCGAUGUCAAGCGAUGUUCUUUCUCUCCCUGAAAGCGUCGAAAAGGUGAUGGAAUCGAACAAGGUGGGAAGAGAAGACCAUUCGAGGGUGACGCUCACUCCUGACGUAAUCAUGCAUGUUCUCCGGCUACAGAGACGUCAGACAUCGGCUUUUACAGAGAGAAGAUACAUUUUAGCGGAGAAUGAUGACAGUGAUGAUGGAAAUGAAGCUCAGUUGAUUUCAGGGUUGGUCGCCGCCGGCGAUGAUGAGUCUUCAGAAAGAGAAUGUACUGUGAGCUGA